AUGAAUCAAUCAACAAAUGUCGAAGUACGUGGAAUCUAUCAUGAUAAUAUAUGUGGUAUAGGUCAAGAAGAAAUAUAUAAUCUUGAUUUAUGGAUGUUUCUAAUGAAUAAUAAAAUAGAAGAACCAGUAUUUACAUUUGAAAGUAUUGUUAUUCAACAAGUUCAAGGUGUACAGUCUGGUCGAUGGUCAAUGGAAAAAACAAUUUAUGACAAAUUAAAUCUAACAACUGAUUUACCUAAUACUGAUCAUAAAACAUAUUUAAAUACAAUUAUAUAUCACAUUUAUUUCCAUCAUCAACAAAUUAUUCUUAAUAAUCAACUUAAUUCUAUUAGUAAUCAAGAUUUAAUUGAAUCAAUAGAACCAUUUAAUGAAUUAGCUGCUUAUUAUGCUCAAAUAGCAAUUAAAGAUCUUGAUUUAAAUCAACAACAUCAUCCAUUAUUAAAUGCAUUGGAGAAAAAAAAUGGUUUAGAUAUAUUUCUUGGUGAUGAUGAAAUUGAACAAAUUUUUCAUUCUAUUUGUCAAUAUUUACAAUUACAAUAUGAACAACAACAAACUAAAGAUAAUUCAUUUCAGAAUUAUCGAUUACGUAUAUUUUGGUUAACUGAUAGUGAUUGUUCAGAUGUUUUAUCUAUUCUUGAUCUUCCUCUUAAUUUAUCACAACAAACAGGUUUAUUAAUUGAUUUACAUUGUGCAGAUUCUGAUCCAAUACAACUUGCAAAUGCUCAACAAACAUUUAAUACACAUAUAACUAAUCAAACAAAAAAUUUCUCUAUUAUUUACGAUGAAACAAUUGAUUUAUAUGAUAGUAAAACACUGGAAAAAAUCCCAUUCGAAUCAUUUGAUAUUACAUUAUCUGCAAAUCAACUUCUAGGAAAUCAAGAUUUGACAAAAAAGAAUUCUUUAAUUUCUCUUCGUCGUUUACUUGUUCCUAAUGGUCUUCUUUUAUUACUUGAAUUAGUUCAUAUUCCUCUUUAUUUUGAUCUUAUUUUUAGUUGUUCUUAUCAAUGGUGGUCAUCAUCUGAUGAUAAUAAUCGUGCAUUAAAUAAUAUUCAACAAUGGACAACAUUAUUAGAACAAAUCGAAGGAUUUAAUAUUAUUGAAUCAACAAUAAAUGAAAAUGAACCAUUUAAACAAAAUGAAGAACUUAUAUAUGGAACAUUAUCACGUAUUCUUACAACAAUUCAAAAAUCAUCUCCACAUUUUUAUCCAUUUGUAUAUGUUCUUACAGAUCAUGCUCAAUUUAAUAAUGCUUCGAAUCUUAAUAUAAUUGCAUCACCAUUUAUUGGUCUUGCACGAAGUUUAAUAACUGAAUAUGAACGAAUCGAUUAA